AGAAUAACAACAAAAGAUGAUAACCAUCAAUUUCCUUGAACGAUGCUAUAAGUGGCGACGCGAUUGCAAAUCACCACAAAAAUUCUCCCUGAAAAUUACACCUUCUUCUCUGCCAUUCCCCAUUCGCUCUUCCCCGCAACCUUCCCAGAUUGCCAAUUGGAUCUUCAUGAGUUCAGCAACCACUGGAGCAUACUUGGUUUCCUGUAACUCGGGAAACAAGAACAACUUCUGCUGGAUUUUGGUCUGCUUGCUGCCGAAAUUCUUGGGAACUGCAUUUGCAUUUGUCAACUUUCUCCUAAUUCAGGCCAUUGACAGGAAGUCAUCAGCAGUGGGGGUAUUGGGGACCUUCGGGGUGUUUAGUCUGUAGUUUUUAUUAGUUUGGUCAUCAGCACAGCAUACUUAGACCCCUUUUCCAUUGAGUGGUGAAAAAUGGUUUCCUCUCAGCUUUCUAGUUUGACUACUGCUGGUUUAUGCAAACCUUUACAGACUCAACUGCUCUUUCCUGCAAAUGUUCCUGAAAGUUUAAACACAGAUCACCUUGAGCUAGAUUUCUCUGAUGUCUUUGGUCCUCUUACAGUAGAAGUCAAUAACAUUGAUUCUGCCACUGGUGAGCCUGUGGAUGAGUUGAGCGAGCUGGUUUAUGAUGAGCCGGCAGUUAUUUAUACCCGCUCACAUUCUCUGGUUGGCCCUUCUGCUUGUGUCAGUCAAUCACUUAAGCUUAGCAAACUCACCAUACAUGAGGCUGAGGAUUCAUUGGAACUAGUAGUGGAUGUUACUAGGGAGAUCAUUAAAGACAUUGACGAAUCUUCCCUCGACAAUGUUAUCAUCGAGGAAUCCUUGGAAGGUGAAGACAGGAAUCUCAUGGAGAUCCAGAAAGUUAGCAUUGAAGACUUUGAAGUUUUGAAGGUUGUGGGGCAGGGUGCAUUUGCAAAAGUAUAUCAGGUGAGGAAAAAGGGCACUUCAGAAAUAUAUGCUAUGAAGGUUAUGCGUAAGGACAAAAUUGUGGAAAAGAACCAUGCUGAAUACAUGAACGCUGAGAGGGAGAUUUUGACAAAGAUAGAGCACCCCUAUAUUGUACAACUCAGAUACUCUUUUCAGACAAAAUACAGAUUGUAUCUUGUGCUGGAUUUCGUAAAUGGGGGUCAUCUAUUCUUUCAGCUUUAUCACCAGGGCCUUUUCAGAGAGGAUCUAGCACGUGUAUACGCAGCUGAGAUUGUUUCUGCAGUCUCCCAUCUCCACUCAAAGGGAAUCAUGCACAGGGAUCUAAAACCUGAAAAUAUCCUUAUGGAUGCUGAUGGCCAUGUUAUGUUGACUGAUUUUGGCUUAGCAAAACAAUUUGAAGAAAGUACGAGAUCUAAUUCGAUGUGUGGUACAUUAGAGUACAUGGCACCUGAAAUUAUUCUUGGCAAUGGGCAUGAUAAGGCUGCCGAUUGGUGGAGUGUGGGUGUCCUGCUGUUUGAGAUGCUUACCGGAAAGCCGCCCUACUGUGGAGGGAACCGUCAGAAAAUUCAGCAGAAGAUAGUGAAAGACAAGAUUAAGCUGCCGGCAUUUUUGUCAAGUGAAGCCCAUGCACUGUUGAAAGGGCUGCUAACAAAGGAGGCAAGUAAGCGCUUAGGUUGUGGGCUCAAGGGGGUUGAGGAAAUUAAAGGCCACAAAUGGUUCAAACCAAUCAAUUGGAAGAAGCUGGAUGCUCGCGAAAUCCAACCAAGCUUCCGGCCAGAAGUAGCUGGGAGGAACUGUGUUGCCAACUUUGAUAAGUGCUGGACUGAUAUGUCUCUUAUUGACUCCCCAGCUGCCAGCCCAAAUGGUGUAAAUCCCUUCAAGGAUUUCUCUUAUGUGAAGCCUGCCGCCUCUUUUCUUCAAAGGAAUAGUCCUGCAUGCUAACUUGACAGCUUGCACUGGCCUUAGCUUAAGAUUCAUGCACAUGUUUUUAUGACACUGGUUUACUUCUAAUUUGUUAGUGUUAGUUGCUUGUAUUUGGAUGCGUGAACAGUGGUAAACUGUCACUGGAAUUGUCAACUAGAAGAUACAUUGCCUUGUGUCUUAGGAGUUGUAUGAACUUUGUAGGUUUAGUUGUUUAUUGAUGUCCCUUGGAGGCUCUAUAGUUGCGUAGAGCUACCUUGCUUAAACUUGUGACAAUGAGAAAUAAACUUGCUUUAUUUUAUA